AUGUACGAUUGUAACACAGCGUCAGCUCCAACUCCAUUGCUGGGACAUGCCUCAGGGGUUGUAUUUGUGCCCCCCCACCCCCUCGUGUCCCACUGGGUGGCCGUGGCGCGCAACGCUGCCAGCCCGCCCCCCAUGUUCCGCGCUGCGCUGGCCGAGCUGGGCCGCCUCCUCAUCUACGAAGCCACCAGGGACUGGCUGCCCACCCUGGAGGGCAGUGUGGCGACGCCAUGCGGCACCGCAGAAGUGACGUUCAUCGACCCCGGGCAGCCCGUGAAGGUGGUGCCCAUCCUACGGGCCGGCCUGACGCUGCUGGAGAGCGCGGCGACCCUGCUGCCCUCCUCCCAGACCUUCCACGUGGGGUACCGCCGUGACGAGGAGACGCUGGUCGCCACGCCCUACCUCAACAAGCUUCCCGCCAGCUUCACACCCGAGGACCGCAUCCUUGUCACAGACCCCAUGCUGGCUACAGGCAAGGCAGCAAGGCAUGGGAAUGGGGAAAUGGGGGGAUAG